CACUUUCAUCUUUCUCCAGGGCUCAGCAGCUUUUUCCCCAGAGGUCCACCUAACAACCAGUUUGGUAAUGACUUAAAGACAAGCUGUAGUGAACACAGUAAAGGAAAUGACUGUGGGUUUUCCAGAGGGGAUGGGGAUUUGCAUUCUAAUUUAUUCAGAAAGUAGAAGAGCAUAGGUAUUAUUUAAAGAUGUGUUUUAGAAAAACUAAUAUUUAAAAAAGUCAACCCUGGGGUUAUUUAUCUAGCACACACUGGGCACUGUUUCAACUUGGAUGUCCAGGGCUUUGCUACCUCCAUAAAGCAAAGAAGGCAAAUUCCCAGGAAAGAGAGGCUGCAAUAUUUCCAUGGGUGGCAAGCUACUGUGACUGGUAGCUUGUUUUAAAAAAAAAAAAAAAUGGAAGGAAGAAAUAAACCCAUUGCUCAGGCUUUCUUUCAUAUCCACCCAAUGUCCAAUUAUGCCAAGUCAACUACUUUCAAGCCAAAUUUAUGAAAAGCAGCCGUUCCUUUAACAAUAGAUUCUAAAAGACAUAGUCUUUGCCUCCUUUUUUGCAAUUUCAGAAAUGGUAGUGUGAAGCACAUAUUUUUGUGAAAGAUCCAUGCUGGUUCAAGGGUUGUUACCUAUCCAGGUCUCCUGGAAAACACAUUGUUCAACAAAAGAUUCAUCAAACGAACACUAUGCACUAAGCGCUGUUCUAGGCAUUGGAAAAACAGGAGGAAACAAAACAUGCCAGGUAAUGAUAAGCCCUGUGAAGACAUAAAGCAGAGUGAGGGAGAGAGGGAAGCUGGAGUAUUCAAGGAGCGCUCUCUAAGGAGGUGACAUUUGAAUGUGAUGAUUUCAAAACAGAAAGGUCCCUAGAAAACAUCUAGUUAAGCAUAUACAUUAAAAAAUAAACAAAUAAAAACUGAAUACUAAAUAGGCUAAAUAACUUGCUUGAGGUUACCCAGAAAGGACCCAUGACAAGAAGCUGGCCUGAUUCCACCCUGAUGGAAAUGUUGCCAGUCAGUAUCUGGGGGGAACUCUGAUUUAAUUCAAACUGCUUCUUUAUAGAUAAGGAGACUAAUGGUCAGAAGCUCCAUCUUGGUCAUGGUGUUAUACAGGUGAGAAAAGAAUAUGUAAAAUAGAUCCCAGCCCCAAGCCUGGAUUUCAUUAAAACUUCGAUAUAUUCCUUCUUGCUCUAAUACCAUCUAGCAAUAUAGCAUAGUAGUCUAAAUCUCCAUUCUGCACUUCCUUGUUUGUGACUCAGUUAAUCUUGUGCUCAGUCUUCUUUAUCUGAAAACAGAAAGUACUAACAAUAGAACUCAACACUCAGGGUAAGCGAGGAAUAAAAUCCAAUGCAUAAGGAACUUAGAGCAGGGACUUGGUACACAUUAAGUGCUCAAUAAAUACUAGGCAUUGCUGUGUUUUUUAGAGCUACUGAUGUAUAAUAUCACCUGUCAUUACAGUUGGAAUAAAUUAUUUGUGUAAUAUUUGUUCAAGACCUGCCUGAUAUCAGAGAGGAUCUGAUCGCAUAGGGUCUUGUGUCACUGUAGGAACUGGCUUUAACUCGAGCUGAGGUGAGGAGCCACUGGAGGAGGAAUGCGAUCUGGCAUGUUUGUAAAAUAUCACUCUGGCUUCUGAUUUGAGAAUAAACUGAAGAAAAGCAAGAAGCAGGAGGACCAAAAAGAAGAUAAGAUUGUGAAGAUGGUUUUGAUCCAGGCUUAUGACUAUUUUGGUGAAAAAAUGCUGCUGCUGCAGUGCAGGCCUGGAGCCUCUUUUUCUAAGCUAGAUAACUUGGCAUCAAAUGGAAAAAUGAAGAUUCUCCUGGUCUUUCUAGGUCUGCUUGGUAAUUCCAUUGCUAUGCCAAUGCAAAUGCCCCGAAUGCCUGGAUUUAGCAGUAAAAGUGAAGAGAUGAUGCGGUAUGGUCAAUUCCACUUUAUGAACUCCCCGCAUAUGUCACAACUGGGCCCCUUGUAUGGAAAUGGCCUGCAACACCCUCAGCCCUUCCCUCAGUACCAGGUGCCCAUGUGGCCUCAGCCACCACCAAAUACAUGGCGCCCAAAGAAACCCUCAGGUCCCUCAGGACUCAAACGCCAGAGCAAGACUAAUCAAAUCCAGGAGACUCCGAAACCGAACCAGCCUCAGCCAAAAAUGCCAUCACCAAAGCAGCCUUUAAAGCAGCCUACACAGGACCCACCUCAGCCCACAGAAGAAACCCAGCCAGCUCGGGCAUUUCCACCAUUCCAGAAUGGGCUAUUUCCCUAUCAACGACCACCAUGGCAAGUUGGACAGAGGGUACCACCAGGUUAUGGACGCCCACCAAUCAGCAAUGAAGAAGGAGGAAAUCCUUACUUUGGAUAUUUUGGAUAUCAUGGAUUUGGGGGUCGCCCACCUUAUUAUUCAGAAGAGAUGUUUGAACAAGAUUUUGAAAAACCCAAAGAAAAAGAUCCCCCUAAAGCAGAGAGUCCAGCUACAGAACCCACAGUUAAUUCAACUGCUCCUGAGACUAAUUCAACCCAAGCAAAUGUGCCUGGUCCUGGAGGGAGUAAGGGAGGAAAUGACACCACCCCAACAGGAAACAGUCAAGGUCCAAACCCAGGAAACAACCCUACAGCUCAAAAUGGGAUUUCUCCCCCUACGGUUAAUGUUUCAAACCAGGGAGUAGCAAGAAGUCAAAUUCCAUGGAGACAAAGUCACCCAAAUAUUCAUGAAAAUUAUCCACAUCCUAGCGUCCGAGGUUUUCCUACAGGACGACAAUGGCGUCCUACUGGUACUGCCAUGGGUCACAGACAGAAUGGGCCUUUUUACCGAAAUCAACAAGUUCAAAGGGGUGCUCGGUGGAACUCCUUUACUUUGGAAGGCAAACAAGCAGCUCGUCCAGGAAAUCCAGCUUAUCGCAAAGCUUACCCUUCCAUUUCAAGAGGUAAUUAUCUUAAUCAUGCAGGAAACCCAGCAAAUUUCAGAAGAAAGCCUCAGUGGCCAAAUAAAUACCCUGUGGGAGCCAAUGUUGCCCCAUUGGGAACCAAACAUAGUACUGCUGGGCGCUCUGAAAAAAUCCAAAAUCCAAGAGAGAAGACACUAGGUCAAAAAGAAAGAGUAGUUGUUCCUACAAGGGAUCCACCUGGCCCCUGGAAAAACUCUCAAGAUUAUGGACUGAAUAAAUCAAAUUACAAGUUGCCUCAUUCUGAGGGCAACAUUCAAGUUCCAAGCUUUAAUUCUAUCAAUCAACGAGAAAACUCCUAUUACCCAAGAGGAGAUCCAAGGACAGUUCAAAACUCUGAUGGACAAACCCACAACAAGUAUUUGCCCAAAGGGAUUGUUUUAGAACCAAGGAGAAUUCCAUAUGAAUCACAAACUAAUCGGCCAGAAUUAAAGCACGGUACGUAUCAUCCCGUAUACCCUGAGGAAAUUCCUUCCCCUGCAAGAGAACAUUUUCCUGCUGGAAGAAACCAUUGGAACAACCAGGAACUCUCUCCAACUCUUGAGGAAGACCCUGGAAGACAGGAAGAACCUUUGCCUCAUCCUUCCCAUGGCUCUAGAGGAAGUGUUUUCUACUCUGAAUAUAACCCCUAUGAUCCCAGGGAAAACUCACCAUACCUUAGAAGCAAUACAUGGGAUGAGAGAGGUGAUUCUCUCAAUACCAUGAGGCAACCAGAAAAUCCAUUGUACCCCGUGAAUACUCCAAACCAGAAAGAGACAGUCCCUUAUGAUGAAGAGGACCCAAUUGACCCAACUGGAGAUGAACAUUUCCCAGGACCAGGGAGAUGGGCUAAGGAGGAGUCCAGCUUUAAAGUAAGCCCAACAGUUAGGCACUACGAAGGUCAACAAUAUGCCUCAAAUCAGCCAAAAGAAUACCUUCCCUAUUCCUUAGAUAAUCCUUCGAAACCCAAGGAGGAUUUUCCAUAUGGUGAAUUUUACCACUGGGGCCCAGAUGAGAAUUUUCCACCAUAUAAUACGGCUCCUACUAUACCACCACCUGUGGAGAGCAGGGGCUAUUUUGUUGAUAAUGCUGAUGAACGAGAAGAAAGCACUCUAUUUCCUUCUUGGAACUCCUGGGACCACAGGAUUCAAGCUCAAGGACCGAAUGAAAGAGGGCCAUAUUUUAACAGAAAUUUCUGGGACCAGACAACAAAUUUACACAAAGCUCCAGCUAGCCUACCAGACUAUAAAGAGAGCCAGCCCUAUUCCAGUAACUCCCCAGCUGGGCUUCAGAAAAAUCCAACCUGGCAUGACAGUGAGAAUUUGAACUAUGGCAUGCAAAUUACUAGGUUAAAUUCACCAGAGGGGGAUCAUUUGGCUUUCCCAGACUUAAUUCCUCAAAGUUACCCAGCUGAUCAAGAAGAAGCAAAUUUAUUUCACCUAAGUCAAAGAGGUCCUUGCUGUGCUGGUGGUCCCACAGGGCCCAAGGACAAUCCACUUGCUCUACAAGACUACACUCCAUCCUUUGGUCUUGCACCAGGGGAGAACCAAGACACCAGCCCUCUAUAUACAGAAGGUAGUCAUACUAAGCAUGCAAGACAUAUCAUCUCCCCUACAAGCAUCCUACCUGACCCAAGGAACAGCUCAGAGAAGACGCUGCCUGGGGAAAGCCAAAACCCAAGUCCUUUUAGAGAUGAUGUGUCCACUCUAAGGAGGAACGCACCAUGUUCUAUAAAGAAUCAACUGGGCCAAAGGGGAAUGAUGCCUCUUCCUGAAACCAGCUCCCUUCAGUUGAAUGCACCAUGUCUCAAAAGUGAUCUUGGCGGAGAUGAGAAUAAUGUUAAGGAACAAAUGUUUGAAGACAACCAACCCAAUGAAAGAACUGUUGACCUUAUUCCUGAGCAACUUGUUAUAGGUACCCCUGACGAAGAUCCUACACCAGAAGCAAUCCAAAGCGAAGUCCUAGGAAACGAGGGUGACAGGCAGCCACAGAGGGCACCUAGCAUCCUACAGUUACCAUGCUUUGGCAAAUUAGCAAAGCAUCACUUCUCUGGCACUGGGACUCCAUCUAGCAAUGGAAGACAAGGCCCAUUUGAUGGGGAUCCAAUUAUUCCUACUGAAUUGGCUGAGGUAGCUACUGAGGCACAGUUUAAUAGUGUGGAUGUAAAUACACUUAAUGCAGGUGAACACACGCCAUUUGAAUCCAAUCCACAGGACCAGGUACAAGACUGCUUAUUACUUCAGGCUUAGGGAUCAUCUCAACCAAGCAUUUUUUAGGGAAGGAAAAUAACUGAUAUUCUAUACCAGUGGUUCCGAAACUUUUUCCCCUAAAACUCCAUUAAGUACUUGACCCUCUUCUUGGUGAUCCUCUAAGUUUUUCUUUGUCCCAGGGAAUUAACAGUAGUGGCCCAGGUGGUGCUAAUGAGGUUGGACCUCUGGGGGUCAUUGGAUUUGCCAUUGUCAUAAAUCAGUACAGAAUUUAAAAGCAGGAAACUCGUGACCACCACUGCCUUAAAACUUGGAAGCCACUUUUCUAGGUUAGUUUCCCUUUACUUGCUGAUUCUUCCUUUUUCUCUCAAAAUCCCAUUCUUGCAAAAUUGUCUAGUUUUGCAAGACUGAAAGGCAAAUGAACUUUCCGUUUUAUGUAUGGAAGUCUAUACAUCAGUAUAGUCGUUAACUGUUGCACAUUUUUUUUUCUUUUGUUGGUCUUUGUCAGAGGUCCCCCACCCAACACACAGUUAACAUUCUCUUUUGACAUAUUUUCUUCCACUUCCUCUCUCUUUUCCUUUAUUAUUUCUUUUCUUAACUUCCUUGCUUCUUUUUUUUCCUCUCUCUCUACUCUUCUUUGUCUAGCUUUCCAUUUUUAUUCCCCAUCUUUCUUCCUCUCUAUCACUCCUUACAUACUAAGUUUUGACCAUCACUAGUUUUUUCACUAUAUCUACUUUCUCUAAUAUCUCUCUUCCCACCUUUCUAUUCUGUCUCCUAAUAUAUCACUUGUCAAUCAUUCCUUCUCUUCUCUGACUCCUCUCUUCUCUUUAAUUUAUCCUUUUCCCUUGUUGUUGUUGUUGUUAAGUACUGUCAAGUCGAUUUCAACUCAUAGUGACCCCAUAUGACAGAGUAGAACUGCCCCAUAGGGUUUUCUAGGCCGUAAUCUUUACAGGAGCAGAUCACCAGGUCUUUCUCCCAUGGAGCUGCCAGGUGGGUUCAAACCACCAAUCUUUCAGUUAGCAGUUGAGCAUUUAACUGUUGCACCACUGGGGCUCCUUCUCCUUUUUUCCUGCUACAAAAUUUAUAUACAUUAACAUGCCUUGUCUCUCUCCCCUCUUUUGUAUCCACUCUCUAAAUUCUACCCUAAUUUUUUCUUGACCCAGCCUAACCAUCGCUGUAGAAUAUAUUUCAGAAAUAUUAGACACUGAUACCUCCUUUUGUUUUUAAUUUUCUUAUGGCCUUUACCAGGUAGACACAGCUCAGCAAGAGGAAUACAUUCAAGGAGGAAUAUGGAGGGAAGACAGUCUACUUACCCAGAAUUAGCAGCCUGGGGACAAGGCUUAGGAAAGUGGGGAGUGAAGGACUGAAGAAAUUGCCACUCUGGGAUUGAGAAUUCAUAAAAAGAGACUAGGACUUGCCACACCCUGUCACAAACUCAUAAUCUGCAGGAUCUGGAAAGUCUAUUUUGGGAAACACUGUCCUAAACAAAUAAGACAAACACUGAAUGGUUAGUUUUCUUUGCUAAUACAGUGUAAGUGGUUCUACUGGCAUAGAAUCACUACUACUAACACAAAGACUUACUCUUCAUGUCCUGGUAGAAUUAUUCGACAGACACAUUUU